CACACCGGGGCUGUGGAAAUAAGAUGGCGGGGAAGAAGAAUGUUCUGUCGUCUCUGGCAGUUUACGCGGAAGAUUCAGAGCCCGAGUCUGACGGAGAGGCUGGAGUUGAAACGGCAGGCAGCGCGGCUGGUGAGGCCCGAGCAGGGAACCGGAAAGGGAGAAUCAGAGGAGAAAGGCGGCUUGGUAUCCGAAGCCUAUGGAGAAGAUGACUUCUCUCGCCUUGCGGGUGAUGAAGAUGGUUAUGAAGAGGAGGAGGAUGAGAACAGCAAACCGUCGGAAGAUGACGAUUCAGAGACUGAAAAACCUGAGGCUGAUGACCCAAAGGAUAACCCGGAAGUAGAAAAGCGAGAUCCCCAGGAAUUAGUUGCCUCCUUUUCUGAAAGAGUCCGGAACAUGUCACCUGAUGAGAUCAAGAUCCCUCCAGAACCCCCCGGCCGGUGCUCAAACCACUUACAGGACAAGAUCCAGAAGCUGUAUGAGCGGAAGAUAAAGGAGGGGAUGGACAUGAACUACAUUAUCCAGAGGAAGAAGGAAUUUCGGAAUCCUAGCAUCUAUGAGAAGCUCAUCCAGUUCUGUGCUAUUGAUGAACUCGGCACCAACUAUCCAAAGGAUAUGUUUGACCCCCAUGGCUGGUCUGAAGACUCCUACUAUGAGGCAUUAGCCAAAGCCCAGAAGAUUGAAAUGGACAAGUUGGAAAAGGCCAAAAAGGAGCGAACCAAAAUUGAAUUUGUGACGGGCACCAAGAAGGGUACCACGACCAACGCCCCGGCCACCACCACCACCACGGCCAGCACAGCCGUCGCAGACGCCCAGAAGAGAAAGAGCAAGUGGGACUCGGCCAUCCCGGUGACGACGAUAGCCCAGCCCACCAUCCUCACCACCACGGCCACCCUGCCAGCUGUUGUCACCGUGACCACCAGCGCCAGCGGCUCCAAGACCACCGUUAUCUCUGCCGUGGGCACCAUUGUGAAGAAGGCCAAGCAGUGACGCAAGGGACCCCAGGGACCGGUUUAGGGUGGCUCGGACAGUUUCCCCUCCAUGGAGGGGAGGAGCCACUCUGGGACCUGAUGAGACCUCGGCCUCCUGGGAGGUUCCCCAUUCUACGUUUCAGGACUGGGACCCGUUCCCCUCCCUCCUGCCUGCGAGGAGCUCCGGGUGGUGUUUGGCCUGGAAGAGACGGGGCUGCACAGGAGCAGGGCUCUGUGGACAGUGGCCCCCGCGGGGUCUGCGCCCAAUUAAAAGUGCCGCGUCCUCACAUCUCGGCGUCUCGGACGCCCUGGCCUCUUCUACAGUCUGUUUUCAGGCGAAUGUGAAAACUCAAGUGUCCUCUCAUCUUUUCGGUUGGGAUCCUCACCUCGGGCACAGCGGGGUGACCGCAGCCUGCAGCCGGCUCAGGGGGUGGCCCGAGAAGUCACCUCGGUCAUUCCCAGUGAGUGUCUCUUGGCGCGGGCAAGCAGGGGUCCUGAGAGGGGGGAAGGCCCAGGCUCCCGCUGCCCUGGUCCUGGAGCUCUGAGCCCCACCAGUUGUCAGGCAGGAGCCCAGCCUGUCCUCCCCUGGGCGCAAUUGAGCCCUCCUCCAACCAUCUCUUGGACACACCCUGGCCUUUGAAGUAUCACCAGUCACCAGAAGGGCGGGAGCUGACCCCUGGCCCACGCAGGGAGAGGGCAGGUUGCAGUGGGGAGAUGAAUCACCUCCUGGCCUGGCUGGGCAGCCAUUCAUUGUUUACGUAAAGUCCAGCUCCUGGGAGGAUCCGCCACCCCGCCCUUCCUGCGCCUGUUAUCUCUGCGCCACAGCAGCCCUCGGGCAGCUCCAGUGGCUUCUGGGCUCCUCUGGGGCCAGAACAGAUUUCCCAGCAGCUGGCAGGCCUGGAGUCCCAGGUCUGGAGGGAAAGAGU